AUGACUCAAACAACAGAUCCUGAAGAAAGACCGCAAACACCUCAAACACCACCUUCACCCACCCACCUUGUCGCUCCAAUUCUUUCUAUAAUAACCAAAACUCCACCUUCCUCGACAAAUGCGGCCAACUCAACCACAGUAAAAUUACUCUCUCUCAACAUCUUUCUACAACCACUAAUGACAAACACUCCGUACAAAGCAGACCGUCUGAAUUAUUUCAUCGCAAAUAUCCUGCCAAACUAUGACAUUAUAUGUCUUCAAGAGAUGCAUGGAUUCGGAACUGGGCGACGAAAAAGGUUGAUCAGUGCUGCAAAGGAGAGUGGCUUUGGACAUGUGCUAAAGAGCAAGGCUAGAUUGACAAAGGGAAUGAUUGACGGUGGACUGUUGAUAUUGAGUAGGUUUCCCAUAACAGAUUCAGAAGAGAUGGUUUUUGAGUGUCAGGGAGAUCGUUUUGUUGCCAAGGGUUCUCUUUACGCAAAGAUAGCCGUAAAGCCUACGUGUUCGAUUCAUCUAUUCGUAACGCAGCUACAAUCUUCUUGUGAUCCGCAUCCCCCAUUAUCCGAUGCCAACGUUCGCAUACGGUUACAGCAAGUUCAUCAGUUGAGGCAGUUUGUAGACAAGUGUAGAGCAAUGCACGAAUGCAAGCCAAACGAGAUGGUGAUGGUUGUUGGCGAUCUGAACAUUGAUGGGAGAAGGACCGACGGGGAUGACGAUAAAAUGAGUGAAAAGAGUAGGACUAUUUAUAGUAAGAAACAAAAUAGUAAUAGUGACCUUGGCGAGAAAAAUACUAGUCUGGACGAUGACAAGAGUGCGAUGAGUUAUAUUUUAGACAGCGACUUUAUUGAUAACCAAGAAGAUAGCAGAGAAUAUCUUUUGAUACAAAAAAUUCUUUCUGGAAAGGGCAUCCCUGCAAACUAUGCCAACCCACGGUUCUCUAUUGCUGGCCUUCGAUAUGCUUCUUCUACACCAUUCAUUGUCCGCGAUAUUCUGAAAGAAACCUAUUCUGAACAUCCCAUCACGUAUUCCGGCGUUGCGCCUACCAAAGGUGGUCAUUCUCAACCACGCGAAAAUGUAUUAACAGCCAAACAUCGACAGGGAAAACAGUGCUGUUUGGAUUAUAUGCUUGUAUUGAAAAAUCAGGACGAGGUGGAAGAGGAUGGUGAUGAUGACACAGUAGAGAUCGAUAUAAAGAAUACUAAAGUUGAGGAAUUUUCGACUGAUGAGAGUUUUGAAUUUUCUCAGAUUUCUGACCACUAUGGAAUCAGCACAGUAUUGAUCGUUCCCUAA